AUGUCAUUUGGAAAUAGUUCAGACACUGACAGUGAGUCGUUCAAUUUUCCGGAAGUAUCGAUUCCACGUCCAGUUCGUUUUUGGUUGAUGCUUUUAUUCAAUAUUCCAUCAAUAGUUUGUAGCUUCUGUCUUAUUAUUCAUAUUCUAAUGAAUCGAACUCAACGACAUGCAUUACAUAAUCAUACCAUUCUUGUCAUAUUAAUCUUUAAUUUACCCGUUCAAUUAAUAGAUAUUACUUUUUAUCUUAUAUUCUUUUCGUAUGGCUCUAUUCAACCAUCACAACCAAUUGUAUGUCUUAUUUGGUGGUUCGUCGAUUAUGGCUGCUAUGCUGGUGAACUCGUACUCAUGGCUUGGUUAGCAGUCGAACGACAUAUUCUCAUAUUUCAUGAUCGAUUGGUUUUAAAUCGAAGAGGUCGUUUUCUUUUCCAUUAUCUUCCUUUGAUUAUUUUAGUCACAUAUCUUCUUCUCUUCUAUUUGAUUGUUAUUUUUUUUCUACCUUGUGAAAAUGACUAUCUCUAUACAGUUCCCGUAUGUGGUGAGUCACCAUGCUAUGAGUCUUAUGGUAUUCUUGGUGUGUGGGAAUCUAUUGUACAUACAAUUAUGCCAGUUCUGUUAGAAGGUAUUGCUAGUAUUGCUCUUAUUUUACGUGUUCAAAUGCAAAAACGACGACUUCGUCAAUCUAAUCAAUGGCGUAAGCAACGACGAAUGAUUAUUCAAUUACUUUUGGUUACAGCCUUAAAUAUUGGUAUAGAUAUUCCAGGCAGUAUGUUACUUCUUGCACAUUUAUGUGGUUUACCGGCGGAUUACGCGGCAGAAGCUCAGCUUUAUAUCUUUUUUCUUGAAUACUUCGUUGUUUUUCUGUUUCCAUUCAUAUUAUUAAGUCAAUUUUCAGAUUUACGAAAGACAAUAAAAGAGAAAAUAAUGGGCGUAGUACGGAGACAACCACAUCAUACAGCCACUGUUAAACAUACAAGAAGAGAUAUAGCAAUGAAUAGAUUGGCAUAA